AUGCUGAGAACAAGAAAAGCCGGAAGUGUUACCAUGGUCAAUUAUCUAUCAUCGUCAUUUGUGUACACUAAGAUCGCAAAUUUAAUAUUGUGGUUAUACGCGGAUAUAAGAUACGGCCUUCCUUUUGGAGCUCUCCUUAUCCUAUUCUCGCUCAUCUUACCUGAACCGACGUAUGCGGGCCCGGAACUGAUCACAUACUUCCGAGGGACUCAAGUAUUGGAUGAGGAGUUAAAACGCAAUAAGAACACUACCUGGCUCGUCUGCUUGUACGCGGCUUGGCAUCCCGCUUGUGUUAACUUCGCACCUGUCUUUGCUGAACUAUCAGCUAGCUACAGUCUUGAUAAUCUGAAGUUUGGGAAAUUGGAUAUCGGAAGAUAUCCAGAAGUGGCCGCCAAAUAUAGGAUUCAAGAUGGACCAACCAGUCGUCAACUCCCCACUGUGUUAUUAAUUAAAGAAGGGAAAGAACAGAUAAGAAGACCGCAGGCUGAUUCUACUGGGAAAUUACAGAAGUUCCUCUUCUCGAAAGACAAUAUGAAGGCCGCUUUUGACUUGGACGACGUUUAUCAAGAAUGUAAGGAGAGGUUAGCAGCUGCAAAAGCCAACAAAAAGACCGAGAAGGUUGAAUAG